UCAGCACACAAUACACAACACUCAGCACACAGCAUUCAGCACACAAUACACAACACUCAGCACACAAUACACAACACUCAGCACACAACAUUCGCACACAAUACACAACAGUCAGCACACAACAUUCAGCACACAAUACACAACAAACAACACUCAGCACACAGCAUUCAGCAUUCAAUACACAACAUUCAGCACUCAACACACUACAUUCGGCACACAACACUCAGAACACAACAACAUUCAGCACACAAUACACAACACUCAGCACACAGCAUUCAGCAUACAAUACACAACAUUCAGCACACAACACCCUACAUUCGGCACAGAAUACACAACACACUACAUUCGCACACAACAUUCAGCACACAAUACACAACAGUCAGCACACAACAUUCAGCACACAACACACAACACUCAGCACACAGCAUUCAGCAUACAAUACACAACAUUCAGCACACAACACACUACAUUCGGCACACAAUACACAACACUCAGCACACUACAUUCGAAUAA